AGUCUAUGCCUGUCACCUCUCUGGAAUGCGCUACUCACACUGUGCAGCCCGCUCGCUGGGAUUCAUAUAGCUAGUUUCUCCGUACGCGCCUUUUGUUUUGUCAAGUCUACUACCGGCGAGUAAGUAUUUUGUUUCAACCAAGUAGAAAGACUGCUUAGUGUCUGUCAGAAUGUCAGCCAUGCCACAUCUUACCACCCUGUUGUACACAACCUUGUCUCCACUGGACUCAAGUGUGUCAUCAACCUCUGGUCAGCCAGAGGUGGCAUCAAAUAUUACAUCUUGCCAGGACUGGGAGAAGAGCCAACACUUACUCUUUCAUCUAGGCAACCUGAGUUUAGUUGUGGGUCUGCUUAUUCCUACCACAAUAGGCCUGCACAUGAUCCUCCUCAGACUUCUCCUGAUGACAGGUUGUUGUCUGUUUUAUCAUCUGGCUACUCUGUACCAGGCAACCCUAGAUGUGAUGGUAUGGAAUGUGGUCUUCCUCCUAGUCAACUUCGUGCAUCUCUUCUUCCUGCUAUACAAACGUAGACCUAUCAAGAUCGACCGAGAGCUCAAGUCUGUGUACAAGCGGAUGUUUGAGCCCCUACAUGUGCGUGAAGCUCUAUUCCAGAGGCUAACUGGUCAGUUCUGCGACCAUCCAGGACCCUUAGGAAAAGGUCAAGUGUAUGCUGCUGAGGAUAAGACCUCAGUGGAUGAGCGGCUCAGUAUUCUGCUCAAGGGCAAAAUGAAGGUGUCAUAUCGUGGACAUUUUCUUCACAACAUUUACACCAAUGCCUUCAUUGACUCUCCUGAGUUCAGAUCAACACAAAUGAACAGGGGAGAAAAGUUCCAGGUAAAUAUCACAGCAGAGGAAAAUUGCAAGUUCCUAUGCUGGUCUCGAGAGAGGCUCACUUAUUUCCUCGAGUCAGAAUCAUUUUUGAAUGAGGUAUUCAGGUAUCUCAUUGGCAAAGACAUCACCAAUAAGCUGUACUCCCUCAACGACCCAUCCCUUAAUGACAAGGCAGUAAAGAAGAUGGAACGCCAGCCGAGUCUGUGCUCUCAGCUCUCCAUGAUGCAGAUGAGAAACAGCAUGGCCAGCACCAGUGACACGGAUGAUGUGCUGAAUCAGAUCCUGAGAGGGGGAUCAGGGAGCUCUCUCCAUAAAAAUCCACUCAGCAAGGCUGUGACAAUGAAGCUAAUUGAAGAAGGUGUGGAAGACGAUGUUUUUGAAGAUGACUUACCUACUGACUCUCAAAAGAGCUGCAGGAACCCAAAGUAGAUGUAGGAUAACAUCACAGGUGACACUUAUCUUCCUGUGGUUUGUUGUGUGAAGAUGAAUAGACUACUUCGGAUCCAAUUAUAGAUCAAAACUGCUCAUUAGGAUAGGCAAGGCCUGAAAUCACUUAUUAUAGUAGGCAAGGGCUGAAACCUGUUUUACCUAAAACACUUCCCUGUCUAUCCUAUAUGGAAUACAAAAUAGUAUACAUUACAAUUCAGCAGAUGAUAUUGAUAUAUUUGGUAUAUUGUCUGGUCAAAAUAUAUAUUUUAAAUGAGUAUGUAGACUACUUUUGUGAAUAUGCUUAAGAUCUUUGACAGCAAAUGUAAAAAAACAAUUGACAGGUUUUUCCACAUUUUAUUUCACUUGAGUGGCUUCAUUUUAUUUUGCUUGUAUUCUUAAACCAGUAACUUGUGUACUUGUGUCUGUCCUGAUAAUUUUUAAAAAAGGUUUAAAAAGUACUUAUCUGACACAUAUAAAAAUGUCAUGCAUUGUCUCUUUAAGCGUAUAUAGUGUACAUUUUCAAUUAGAUGUCUACUAUUAACGCUACCCUUUAAAUAUUGGUAAAAGUUACAGGCUGUAAUUGUGAUGGGUCUGCUCAGGGACAGGGCAAGAACAGGGAAGUGGUUUGAACAAACAAUUGAAGGUUCAGUCAGUUAUGCAAUAUUUACUUUUCACAAGAAAUUUAUUUUGAUCAAUAUCUAUACCCCAGAUCAUGCUAAAUGCUUAAUCAUGGCUUAUAAGGCUGAAAUUGUAUUGUUGCUUGUAAUGCUUUGUGGUAAUCACACAUGAAAUGUCAUAAAGACUCCAAUCACAUUUGUGUUCUAUUAAAAAAAUAUAAAAAACAAAAACAAUCAAACAAUUAAAAACUUCAAGUAUCUUUGG